AUGGUAAAUGGACCACCACAUUUUACAGAAAGCACUUUGUUUCCAAGGGAAUCUGGGAAAAAUUGCAAAGUCUAUACUUUUAGUAAGGAUGGCACCUUGUUUGCCUGGGGCAACGGAGAAAAAAUAAAUGUUAUCAAUGUCACUAACAAGGGACUUCUGCACUCCUUCGACCUCCCAAAGGCAGUUUGCCUUGAGUUCUCACCAAAAAACACUGUCCUGGCAACGUGGCAACCUUACACUACUUCUAAAGAUGGCACAGCUGGGAUACCCAACCUACAACUUUAUGAUGUGAAAACUGGUACAUGUUUGAAGUCUUUCAUCCAGAAAAAAAUGCAAAAUUGGUGUCCAUCUUGGUCAGAAGAUGAAACUGUCUGCGCCCGAAAUGUUAACAACGAAGUUCACUUCUUUGAGAACAACAAUUUUAACACAAUUGCAAAUAAAUUGCAUUUGCAAAAAAUUAAUGAUUUUGUGAUAUCGCCUGGACCCCAACCAUAUAAGGUGGCUGUCUAUGUUCCGGGAAGUAAGGGUGCACCUUCAUUUGUUAGAUUGUAUCAGUACCCUAAUUUUGAUGGACCUCAUGCAGCUUUAGCUAAUAAAAGUUUCUUUAAAGCUGAUAAGGUUACAAUGCUAUGGAAUAAAAAAGCUACUGCUGUGUUAGUAAUAGCUAGUACAGAUGUUGACAAAACAGGAGCAUCCUACUAUGGGGAACAAACACUGCACUACAUUGCAGCGAAUGGAGAAAGUGCUGUUGUACAAUUGCCAAAAAAUGGCCCCAUUUAUGAUGAUGUUUGGAAUUCUAGUUCUACUGAGUUUUGUGCUGUUUAUGGUUUUAUGCCUGCCAUAUGCCAUACUUCUAAUGCCUGCCCUUUGCAAAUGUUAUUCUUUCUGGUUACUGUGUCUGAUUUCCUUUUGUGCCUGGCAAACUCCUACUCAUACUUCAACACCAAGCUGGUGUCACCUGUGUGA